AUGCGUCAAGCUGCAGAUGAAGAUCGUCAGUUGAAUACCCAACGAAAGCCUGCUACUAAGAAGGUAGCAAUGUUAAAUCUUGCAAUGACUCAGAUUAACAAACAUAACCUUAUUGAGGGAUUUCUUGAAGCAAACAUAUUGUCAGCCCUCACGGAUUGGCUGGCUCCUAUGCCUGAUCGCUCUCUUCCUGCUGCCAAAAUUCGAGAAGCUGUUAUUAAGUGGUUACUCCAGUUACCACCCCUAUCACAAGAUAUGCUGAAGACCUCAGGUAUAGGCAAAGCUAUCAUGUAUCUCUACAAGCACCCAAAAGAAUUGAAGCAGAAUCGAGAACGUUGUGGCAGACUCAUAUCGAUGUGGUCACGUCCAAUUUUCAAUGUAUCAGAUGACUUCAAAACUCUGUCACGUGAAGAACGUUUAGAGAGAGAUAUGGAGUUGCAUCAGAAUUCUGGCGUCACCAGGAAAGAUGAAGUACAAGUAGACGAAAAUUUGAAACCUCUGCGCCCAGGUGAUCCUGGUUGGUGCUACAGAGCGCGUGUGCCACGCCCAUCGGGAAAAGAUUAUGUUAAUAGGCCCAAAUGGCAAUCAGAAGUAGACAUAAGCAGGGCUGCCAAGAAAGAGAUGACACGGUUAGACAAACAGUUGCGAGCUUUUCAGGAAAGAAAGCGGCUAUCCAAAGCUCGUAGAGCUGUUACAAUGAGCAUUGAAGGCAGAAAUAUGACACUUUAAUUGUAAGUUCUCAAAAAAAUGUCUUUAUUUAAUGUAUAUAUUCAGUGUCCUUUAGAUUUAUAUCAUGCCAUAAGGACUUUUUUUAAUAAUGUUAGUACAGUAUACUGUAGUACAGUAUAUAUAAUUCAAUUGAAAUGUCAGUAACUACUCUACAUAGUCUUGUAUAAAAAACAAGGACUGAAGAAAACACUGAAACCUAACAUAUUUUCUGUCUUGUAAGAUUACUUUUUUUCUGGUUAAACUUCGAGAGUGCUUUCAUGCUGAUUAAGGGCUCUUGAUCCAAGAAAUUUGAAUUUCCCUACCCUUCCUCAGAUCAACCCUGUUUAUAUCCCAUUCCUCGGGUGCUAUAUAAGCCCUGUGAGCUUAGUGCUUUUUCAUGAGUGUAUUAAUAAUAAUCUGUUUUUCUCAGUAGACUCCAUUUAAUUUAUUUUUGUUGCCCUGAGUCUCAUUCAGUGAAUAUUAUUUCUUUUAUUAAUACAACUUGAAAAAUUGUUUCAUCCUUUGCAUUUUUACCUUUGAUUUGACAGUUUUCUUAAAAUUAUUUUGCUAUAUUUUAUCUUUGACAUUUAAUUUACUUAGUGCAACCUUGAAUAGUAAGUUUGCCUUAGACCAAGUCUUGUCUGCCUUUUGUUUUCAGUGUUUUCCCUUUUCUUUCUUUCUUUGUAUAUGCAUUUUUAGACUGUUUAAAUUUCUAAUAAGUCUGUGGGUUGGGAUGUUUUUUUUUUAUAAAAUUUAAGAAUUUUUUGUGUGUUGUCUUACAACACUUCUUACUAAAUCAUUCUUAUUUGUUUUGCCCAUUUCUCAUUUUUGGUAUUAACUGCUUAAUACCCUUUUCAUAAAGACAAUAUUAAACAAAAUUGUAUGUACAGUACAUUGAACUUUGUACAUCUGUAUGUACUGUGACAAAGACCAUAUUGAAUAUGAAUAUACGGUAGUAACAUGAUUUUACUCCAGUUGAUUUUUCUGAAAACAUCAGACUAACACUAUUCACAUAACAUUUUCCAAAAGUUUUCUGAAUUUAGAAGUAGUGAAGUCCUUCUGAGAGGACUUGGUAUUGUAGAGAAGUAUUUGUACUGUAUAAUGAAUAAAAAGGCACAAUAUUGUUUACAAAUUAAUGGUACAAGUCGGACCAAAACAUUGUCAUAACUUCAUUCUCCUAUGUGCGGGUUAUUUGUGAUUUGUACUAUAUGUAUGUAAACCAGCAACCUGGCUGAUCAUGCCAUUCUCCAUGGCCCAGCCCUGGUCUGGGACCAGGCUGCAGGGCAGUGGCCCUCGGAACACUUAAGGUAGAAAAUACUGUGUGUGGGUGUGUGUGUGUGGGUGGGUGGAGGGGGGUGCACACACACAUAAGACAUAAAACAUUCUAGCUCAGUUAUAUCUACUAGCUUCUUUUCUUGAUGAGUAAAAUGUGUGCAACACCAGGAAAAUAUGAUCAACUUCAUGAACAUCUGGUACAGCUCUGUUGCAGUGAAUUCUGAUCCUCCCUUCUUAGGUUAUUUUAUGUUAGAUUCAAUUAGGU